AUGGAGGAUUUGGGGAAAAGAGUGGAUGUUGUAGAUCAACAAAUCCAAGCGCUCCGUGAAGACCUUAACCGCAAAUUUGAUCAGCUAGUUGAGAUGGUAAGAAAGGGUGUUCCUCCUGUUGCCAAUGAAGAAUCAUCAAAGGAGGCAGAUGAUAGGCGUCGAAGAAUGGGAGGUCGUAUUGAAGCAAAAACACCUCAUUCACGUGUUGUUCAGCGUACUUCAAGGAGGCCAAUGUAUGCUGAAGCUUCCGAAGGUGAAGAAUAUGACGAGGGCCUUGAAGAACCUGAUCUCCAUACAUAUCCGAGAGUACACCGCUCUACAUAUGCGAGGGAUACGUACAAGGUGAGAGCUGAGAUCCCCACUUUUAAUGGAAAUGUUGAUAUUGAGGGGUGCCUUGAUUGGUUGUAUGAGGUGGAGACUUUCUUUGAGCUAAAGCAGACCACAGCAGUUGGGAGAUCCAAUCCAGGCCGACAUGCCCCAUCUCACCACUUCCUCUGCAGCCGCCUUCGGCGUCGCCGGCGGCGGCGGCCACCCAGUCUUCCGUCCCCUUCCUCGCCGCACGCAGCUGCGGGCGCGGGCAGCGUGGGCGGCCGGGGAGGCGUGCGCACGGCGGAGCUGCCGCAGCCGACCUUCUACGAGCUGCUGGGGAUCUCGGCGGAGGGGAGCAGCUUCGAGGACGUGCGCGCGGCGUACCGGCGGAUGGCGCGCAAGUACCACCCGGACGUCUCCCCGCCGGACGCCGCCAAGGAGCACACCCGCCGCUUCAUCCAGGUCCAGGAGGCCUACGAGACGCUCUCCGACCCCAGCCGCCGCAGCAGCUACGACCAGGCGCUCGCCCGCGGCGUCUGCAGGCUCGCCUUCGACCCGGCCUCGCGCCGCCACGCCUCCAAUUCCGCCUUCUACCACCAGGAGAUGGAAGAGAAGUCUGGAUGGAGGACGUCUUGGGAAGGCCAAAUCGCCGAGCUGAAGAACAGGAGCACAGGGAAGGAUUCUGAGGAGAACCUGUCCUGGGGGGCUCGGAUGCGAAGGAGAAGGGCUGAGCAAAUGUGACAGUGAUCUCCAGGCACAUGAUGCGUACUUGUUGUAUGUAGCAUUUGAAUUGUUUAUAUCUUUGAGUAGCAAAAUUAGAAGCGCUAUGAUUAAUGAUAGUUAGGUUUGGAGUAUAACAGCGCUAAAGCUUACCAGUUGUGGUUACAUAUAUAGUUCAAGUAGGUGGCAGGGUUUUUGUAAAACUCAAAUGUGCUGCUCUUCCUUGAAUCUUGCCCCUGGUCCAAUGUAAAUAUAACCAGAUAAAAAUAAUCUAAGCUAGUAGUACUUUGAA